CUGCCGGGGCUUUUUUAGAACGGAAAACAUACACGAAUUGUCAAUGUGCAAACGGGCUCGCUGAUGGUAGCAGCUCGGUAGAGAUUAUUAAUUUAACUUCAAUUCAAAUAAACAUGGCGAUGUUUUUUUAUUUUUUAUUUAAAACGCAAUAAAAUCAUGUCCGAUUGUGGCGCGUGCCGUGUUGGGUAUUCUGCGGAGCGGGGACUGGAUUGUGAAAAGCGACCGUAGCUAUUUUUCUUCCUCUUCUUUUUCUUCUUCUCCUCUCUCUCUUUUUUAUCCCCCCAAUCAACCGCCGAUGAUUUCAGACAGCGACCUGCUGAAGGAGCGCGUCGAUAAAUCGCAAGGAUGAAAUUUACCGAGCAUUUGGCGGCUCACAUCACUCCGGAGUGGAGGAAACAGUACAUCCAGUAUGAGGCGUUUAAGGAGAUGCUGUAUUCCGCCCAGGACCAGGCUCCGUCGAUUGAGGUCACGGACGAAGACACGGUUAAGAGAUACUACGCCAAGUUCGAGGAGAAGUUCUUCCAAACAUGCGAGAAGGAGCUGGCCAAAAUCAACACGUUUUAUUCAGAGAAACUGGCCGAGGCUCAGCGACGCUUCGCCACGUUGCAGAAUGAGCUGCAGUCGUCUCUGGACGCCCAGCGCGAAAGCAGUCGAGCCCCGGGCCUGCGGGCUCGCCGCCGCGCCGUCUUCCACCUGUCCCAGCAGGAGCGCUGCAAACACCGCAACAUCAAGGACCUGCAGCUGGCCUUCAGCGAGUUCUACCUCAGCCUCAUCCUGCUGCAGAACUACCAGAACCUGAACUUCACCGGUUUCCGGAAGAUUCUGAAGAAGCACGACAAGAUCUUCGAGACGGUGCGAGGGGCAGACUGGCGGGUCGCUCACGUCGAGGUGGCGCCCUUCUACACCUGCAAGAAGAUCACUCAGCUCAUUUCUGAGACAGAGGCCCUGGUCACGACUGAAUUGGAAGGCGGCGACCGACAGAAAGCCAUGAAGAGGCUGCGAGUGCCUCCUUUAGGUGCAGCACAGCCUGCGCCGGCGUGGACCACGUUUAGAGUCGGACUUUACUGUGGAGUCUUUAUCGUAUUAAUAGUCACCAUCAGCAUCACAGGCAUAGCAAAAAAGUUGCAAUCUUCAGAAAUCUCCUCAAGCGUGUGGCCGCUGGUGCGGAUCUACCGCGGAGGCUUCCUGCUCAUCGAGUUCCUCUUCCUGUUGGGCAUCAACACGUAUGGCUGGAGGCAGGCGGGCGUCAAUCACGUGCUCAUCUUCGAGCUGAACCCUCGCAACAACCUCUCGCACCAGCACCUGUUCGAGAUCGCAGGCUUUCUCGGCAUGAUGUGGUGUGUCAGCAUUUUGUCCUGCCUGUUUUCUGAUUCCUUAAAGAUCCCAAUUCAGGCUUGUCCUCUGGCACUCUACGGCUUCUUCCUGCUUUUCCUCAUCAACCCCUUCAAGACGUGCUACUACAAAUCCCGCUUCUGGCUCCUCAAGCUGCUGUUCCGAGUGGUCACUGCGCCAUUCCACAGAGUGGGCUUUGCUGAUUUCUGGCUGGCCGACCAGCUCAACUCGCUGGCGGUUGUCCUCAUGGACCUGGAGUACCUGAUCUGCUUCUACAGCGUGGAGCUGGACUGGCUGAAGUCCUACGAUAAGCUUGAGAUUAAUAGUGGUAACACAUGCAACACGUAUUUGUACGGCGUGCGCGCCAUCAUCCAGUGUCUGCCCGCCUGGUUCCGCUUCGUGCAGUGCCUGAGGCGUUACAGAGACACUAAGCGCGCCUUCCCUCACUUGGUCAAUGCCGGCAAAUACUCGACCACCUUCUUCGUGGUGACGUUCGCAGCGCUGUACAAGACCCACAAAGCCGAUACGCAUUCCGAUACGGACAUUUUCUUCUACCUGCUGAUCGCCUGCUCGAUAAUUAACUCCUGUUACACGCUCAUCUGGGACCUGAAGAUGGACUGGGGUCUGUUCGACCGCAACGCCGGGGAGAACGCGCUUCUCCGCGAGGAGAUCGUCUACCCGCAGAAAGCUUACUAUUAUUGUGCCAUAUUAGAAGACGUGAUGUUGCGCUUUGCCUGGACCAUUCCUCUCUCACUUGGGGUACUGACUUCAGACCCAUUUAUUGGCGACAUUUUGGCCACCAUUCUUGCGCCGCUGGAGGUCUUCAGACGCUUUGUGUGGAACUUUUUCCGUCUGGAGAAUGAGCACCUGAACAACUGCGGCGAGUUCCGAGCAGUGCGAGACAUCUCGGUGGCGCCGCUGAACGCCGACGACCAGACGCUGCUGGAGCAGAUGAUGGACCAGGAGGACGGCGUCAGGAACCGGCAGGGGAAGAAGAGCUGGAAGAGGAGCUACAGCAUGUCACUGAAACGACCUCGCCUCGCCUCCCAAUCGAAAUUGCGAGACACCAAAGUCCUGAUUGAGGACACAGAUGACGACACCUGACCUCCGUUCUCUUCAGGGGCUCCCUCAUACCCUUGAAAUGGACCACGGGUCCCUUCAGGGGCCUUAAAAGCCUUCGAAGGCUCUCCAAUCAGUCCAUCACAAAGCUGCCUGUCUAUACACACACACACACACACACACAUACAUGUACACAAACAUGGUCUCGGAGACGAAACCAAACCUGGCACUUGACACACGAACUCGAUUUCCUUGCUAGCACAGGAUCAGCCACUUGAUUAGUUACUGUAUUCUUCUCGAUUUCAUCAUUAUUGCCUUGAUUCUUUUCAAAGCUCUGUUAUAAAGGAAAAGAUUUUGUCCCAAAAAAAAAAAAACCUGUCUAAACUUGUAAGUAUAUUCACGUACAACAGGGAUCAAAGCGUGAUAAUCAAAAAUAAGACUCUCCAGAAUGGACUCUGGGUGUGGUGAAACGCCACGUCUCCGUGUAUGUAUGUAGUGCUGUUCGUGUACUAGUCACAUUAGAUGUGUUAGCCAUUAUCUGUGGAUACUUUUUUUUUCCUUACUGUUUUAAGAAUGUACAUUACAUUUUGUUAUUUAUGUGAAGGAAAGCUGCCUUGGUCAAUUCAUUUUAAAGUAGUGUUGAAAAGGCGAAGUUGAAUUCCAUGCCAUCUGCCAAGGUCCCCACCCCCCACAAAAAAAACAAUUGGUAGUUGUGCUUCGAAACCCUCGGGUGGCACUUUUAUCGGAUUAUAAUUAACACACCACUUUUGCAGGUGCGACUCAAACAAAAAAAACCCACUGAACUACUAGUUAGCUAGUUAGCAUACACGUGAUGUUCAGCUACUUUUUUUUGUUGUAAUUUAUCUUUUUUUUUUUUUUUUUUUUUUUUUGGAAAGCAUGAUGCCAAUGCAAUCCGAACGAGCGCAGCUUCAUUAGCGCCCGCAGGAGAUUUUCCGUCCCGCAGGGUUUAGCUAUACGGCUCGUUCAAGAGCACGCCAAAUGGAACAUUCCACGAGAAGCUUUGUCGUGAUUUCGAGCAGGGAAUUUAAGGCCUGGACUUUAAACGAGCAGGUCUGCAUUAGCAAAAUGAUGAGCUGUAAAAAAAAAAAAAAAAAAUUCUUGUUCUUUUGUUUAGCAUAGAACCCCAUGUUCUUCUUGAACUAGAACCUACACCGAACAUGAGCAUAUAUUUAUUGUGUACAGCUAUCCAUCACAUUCCAGUGUGCGCGCAUUCCACAUGAGAUCUGUCCACUUUCUUUUCUGUCUUUUUUUUUUUUUUUUUUUUUUUUUUUUUUUUUUUUUUUAUGGCUGUCUUCCAGAGUUACUGUCCGUAAAUGCCACCUAAGGGUUUUUUUCUGUUUGUUUUUAAAAAAAAUACAAAACCAGGAAGUACCCGUGUUCUGCGGUCAUGUCUAGUGUCCACAGACAUAAUUUCUCUUGUUCUAGUUCGAUAAUGGAGGAUUGUAAAGUGGUGUGCUUCAGGGCUCUGUCCUGGGUCCGGUCAAAGCGGACUGUUACAUUCCAGGAGCAACAGGAAAGGUCCAGAGGUUCCCGCUCCCGCUUGUUAUUCUUGUUAUUACCAUUGUGGUGCACUGGAGCAGGGCUGCUCUUGCCCGAUAUAAACUUUGAUACACUUCAGUCCAUCUGCAAUAAUCGGAAAGGCUCCUUUUCAAGGUUUGUUGUCUGACCAUACUGUCGCAAGUAAAUGCUUGGACCAAAAGAAUGGUUGAUUUUAAAUGGUUCCCCCCUGUACUACACCCCCCCCCCCUCCUAUUUUUUUGUCACUACUCAUAUUUUGACUCUGACUGCCAUUAUUUCUGUUAGUCUUUUGUGCAUAUUGGUCACUCUUUAAUUUUCCUCUUUUUUUUUUUUUUUAAUUUAAGAACAUUUGCAAUAUGCAUAGUGUAUUUUAACACCAUUCCAUUUACGAGUGGUGCUAGUUAACUGAUAAAUAAAACAGUGGCAAUGAUAAUACAAUAUCCUUUGCUUGUCUAGACAUGGGGUAAUAAGAUUCACCUAAUACCAUCACCAAGACAUCAAAAUAUCAUCUCGGAUACGUUCUGGAUACGUUCUCAAUACGUUCUGUGUAGGCAGAUUAAUACAGUAUAAUACUGUGACAAUAUUGUAUGCUUUUCAGGUUCAAUAUCUAUUGCAAAGAACAACUAGAACUAUACUCGAGUAAUGAUAAUCUUCAACUUGUCAAUCACUUCACACUUCAAAAUGUUUAAAUGUUUAAAUUAAUUAAAAUAACCUGCUUAUGUGUUA